CAGUCAACCUGGAAGAAGACGAGCAAAAUGAACUUACGGAUAUUUCGCGGGAUCUUAGUGAUCUUUGUGGCUGUUCAAAUGAAGAAAGCCAGAAGUGAAGAAUAUGAUACGAGUAAAAUUUUUACGAACAACUUGUCCCUUUGCGAUGGGGUGGCCGAUAAAGUAUUUCUACCCUAUAUAGGAGAUUGUAAAAAGUAUUAUCUAUGCUGGGAUGGAAAAGAUUAUGAAAAGAAAUGUGACGAUGGAUAUUAUUUCAAUGCGUAUAAUCAGAGUUGCAGCCGCAAAUCUGACAAUUGUCCACCCAAAUGUGAACUUAAUAAAUUAACAACAUUUAGCUAUAGUCGAACGUGCAAUAAAUAUGUGCUCUGUUAUUAUGAAAUCCCGGUGCUGAGAACAUGCCACGAUAAUUUGCAGUACAAUCCGAAGACGGAUCGCUGUGAUUUCGCCCAAUAUGUGGACUGUGUGGAUAACGAAUGCUCGAGAUUCGAUGAAGCCAAUGAACUGAGCUAUUUGCCCAGCAAAGCAUCCUGUGACAAAUAUUACUUGUGUGCCAAGGGCGUACCCGUAAGCUACACUUGCACGGCAGGAUUACAUUUCAGCACAAAAUGCAAUUGUUGUGACUACCCGGAAAAAUCGAAUUGCCAAAUUACUGCAAUUAAUCGCAAUAUUCAGCCCUUUUCUCGCACACCAUUGAAGAAGGUCGACAGCUUGUGUCCAGCUAGUGGAGUUCAUUUCUUGGCCCACAAUCAGCGUCGGGAUGCCUACAACUAUUGCGUAGAUGGUCAUGGUAUUACCCUGGAUUGCACACCGGGAUUGUGGUAUGAUGCAAAGGUUCAAGAGUGCCGAGAACCCAAAUAUAUUGAGGAGUAAUUCAUUAAAUGAUAAACUGAACAGACCCUUAAAUACUGAAUUUUACUUGA